AAGAGGAAAAAGAAAGUCCAUCGUUAGAAUUAAUUAAAAAGUCUUUUGGUUAAAAAAGAAAACAAAGUGGAAGAAAAAGCAAAUUACAUAAUUAAUUAAAAAAAGCCUUUUAUUUUUGUAAUGAAUAUUUAAGAUAAUAUAGACUAAGCAAAUAAUUUUUAAGAAGAAGAGAGUCACAGCAGCUAAAAGAGAGAAUCAAUAAACAAUCAUAAUGAAGAACCAAAUAAUUCAAUUAUGAUAAAGCAAUCAAUUAAAUAAGGAUAAAAAGCAAAAGAUGCAUAAGUUAGUUUUUAAAGCAACACAAAAACAGAAGAUGAAUCAGAAUAGCAAAGCUAGUCAUAAUCAGAAGAGAAAAGAAGAGUAAUUAGAAAAAAAAAGAUAAAAGCGCAAAAUCAUGAUUCAGAAUAAAAUAAUUAGAGUUAAAAUAGCAGUUAUCAUGAUGGAAUUGUUAGAUUUAAAGAUAGCAGUGAAGAUAUAGUAUAAGAUUAAUAAAAAAAAAGAAAAAUUAAUGAUAACAUGAAGGAUUAAAUUAAUAAAUAAGAUGGUAACACUGACAAUAAUCAUGAUGAUAAUGACAACGACGACGACGACGAUGAUGAUGAAAAUGAAUAAAAUGAAAAUUAUAUAGUAGAAAAGAUUAUUAAAAAAAGAAUAAAAAAUAAAAAGUGCGAAUAUUAUGUUAAAUGGUAAGGAUACCCUUCAAAUAAAAAUACUUGGGAACCUCUUUCAAACUUAGAGAAUGUAAAGGAUAUGAUCUAUUAGUAUGAGUAUGAUUUACCUUAAACUGGUAAACAACCAAAAGUAAACAAACAAAUUCUUAAAAACUUAGAUCAUACAAAAAUAGAAAGAAUUUUUGGUCAUGAUAGGAUUGGCAAAAAGUCUGAAUAUUUAGUGUCUUAUACAGGCAUUCCAAAACCUUUAUGGGUAUUAAAGCAUGACCUUCCAAUUAGCUAUUAUAAAUAGUAUGAAAGUAAGCUUUCAGCAAGCGAUCCAGUAUGCAUUAUUUAAUAGAUUAAAUAAACUAGCAAUGAAAAAGAGUCAAUUUAAAAGAGAGGAAGAAAACCCUCUGUAAAUAGCAGUGAAAUAGAAAACUCAUUUAGUAAAAAAAAUAAUAAUUAAUUAUUUUCAAGUAGAAGCAUGGAAGAACAGGAGGAUGAAGUUGAUGAUCUAAAUGAUGAAGAAAAUUAAGAAAAAUCUAAAUAAAUUAGUGAUAAGGCAAAAAGAGGGAAGAAAGCAAUAGUUUCAGAUGUAGAAAGCAAUUCAAUUCCAUAAUCAAUAGCAGCUAAUAAAAUAAAGAGAGGCAGACCUAAAAAGAAACCUACUCCAAAUUCUUAAAAUAGCAGCAUAGUAAAUAAUUCUUAGAUUGAGGACGAAAGUAUUUUAAAUAGCAAACCUAAAAAAAAAGUUAAAAUAUAAUAAUAAGAAAAGUAAAGCAUUUCAAGUAAAAGUUAAUAAGAUACUUCCUCUAUUAACGAAAAUAAUUUAGAUAAUACCGCUAAUUUAAAUAAUACUACAUUAUUAUAGUAAAUAAAUGUUUAAGCUAUAAAAAAUGAUUAGUAAAUUUUAGUAAAGAGAGAAAGCUACUAGGAUUCUUCAGAUGCUACUUAAAUGCAAAAUAAAAAUUUUAAUGAAAAUUAUCCUAAAGAAGGAAGUUUCGAAGCAAAAGAUAAAGUUUAAAGAGUUAUUAUAAGAAGUUCUGAAAAAGAAUUAGAAGCUAUGAUUUUUGAAGUUUUCUGGAAACCAAGACCUGAUGGUCAACAGCCUAGAUCAAAAUUAGUUAGAUAUGAAGAACUUAAAAAAAAUUCUCCAGAAUCUUUAAUUUAUUGGUUAGAAGUUAUGGUAAAAAAUUCUGUUAAAGAAUUAGAAAGCGAUGAUGUAAUAAUAAAAGAAUUAAAAGAAAAAGUCUAAUAACUUGAGUAACAAAUAUAAAAUAUAACUAUAACAACUCCAACUAGAUAAAAUAUUUAGCAACCUCACAACAUUUUACCUUUUCAUCAUAUGGGUAUUCCUUAAAACCUAUAAUUUACACAUCAAUAACUCUAGGACAUGCCAAUUCAUUUUUAAAAUAAUUAAGAAUAGAAAUUUGUAUAAUUUUCAAACAACGAAUUGUUAAAAGCAAAAUUUAAUAAUUAAAAUCAAGGGUAAUAAUUAUUAUAAAAUAAAAAUCGUUGA